AUGGCUGGUGGAAAAAUCGAGAAAGGAAGGUCUAGUUCCAAAAAUGUGGAAAGUGUAUCGGGAAAUAAGGGGGGGGGGGUGAAUAAGGAUUCGCAGGGCCAACGGAUAGAGAAUCACAAACAAGGCAAGCUAGAUAAAGGGAAAGUCACAGAUGGAUCGUCUCAAAAAGGGAAAGAGAAAAUGGGAAAGGCCUCCGCGGAGACUUCGACAGGUGGCAGGGGUGUUCUGGGUCCUAUUCCUGCUAUGCAAAAGGCUUUGAGCUUGGGGUCCAACAGGUCUGAGUUGGAUCAAGGAAAGAGACGGGAAGUGGGAUCGGCUGGUGUGGACAAGAAAGAUGGGCCUAGCCCCAACAAGGAAAAAUCAGGUUCACAAAAUGGGCUUGGUCCAUCUAGUUCCGGCCCACCGCCAACCCAACUUGUCAAAGGCGCGAACAAUACCUCGAUCUAG